AUGGCUGGGAACAUCCACGGUGCUAUGAAUACUGAGCAGAUGAUGAUCUAUGAGAGUGGCCAGGCAGUGGUGAGUGGCCUUCCGCCAAGCUAUGCGCGGUCGACCGAGCGUCUGCGUUCUCAGCAGAGUGGCCGGCGACGACUUUCUCACCUCGCACCUCAGAUGUUUCGCCAAGGGGACACGAUGGUCGGUAAGGAGGAGUCGCCAGACUCAUCGAGGCAGACUUCUGCCAGGAACACGAACCCGGUCCCGGCGAUCAAUGUAGGACCAGGAGCCACGGCGGCCAGGUUCCACGGCUCUCAGUCGUCUGCGCGAGGUGAGCACGUUGGAGCACUUCAGCGCAACUAUACGGCCCCGGAGUAUCAGCGAGGAGCUCGAGGAGCCUCAAACAAUGGAAGCUACGGCAGACGGGGCCAUGUCCACUCCAGGAACUCGUCCAUGAAUCAGUCGGCACAGUUGAUGUCCCCGCCCCGUAUUGGCGGCUCGUGGGCUGGCGGCCGCGGCAGGGGACGACACCGCGGGGGCUACUCGGGCCAUCGAGGCUCUUCUUCCAACUACAUGCCUCCAUACGGCGGAAAUCCGUACGAGUACAGUGGCUUCGAGGGCCGCGCGCAGGCGCAGCUGCAGUCUGGUCCGCAGAACGAAGCCCAUGCGCAGGCGGGAUGCCGGAACGAGAACGCCGGUGGCGGAAGGUUCAGCUACAAGCCUUGCAGCUGCUAUAAGUGCAACGUCAACAACCGGAGCGUCAUGGUACGCGUCGAUGAGAGGCCCGAUACUCCCAUCAUGGAAGUCCAGUCCAGGAUCAAAUACGGCCUGGGGGAGCGCUUUGGCGAGGUCGACGCCGUGUUUCCGACUGAGCUCCAAGACGGCAUUGGCUUCCUUGUCCGGUUCCGCUACGAGUCGUCAGUUCCCGAUGCCCUGGCCUUUGGCUCCGGCGAGAUCCACCACUGGAACAUGUCUGUGGCCAUCAGCGCCGCCAUGAAGUCCAAAUGGGUCAACACGACGUGGCCUCAGGCGGUGCAGAACACCGGCUAUCAGCCCAUGCAGGCGCAAUAUCAGCCGGCGAUGCCGAUGCCAAAUCAUCCUCCGAUGCCGUUCGGUUAUCAGAACAUGGUCCCCUCUCACGCCCCGUAUCCCACGAUGCCCGAUUUCGGUAGGACGCAGCCUCAGCCUCCCUUCGUGCCCAUCUAUGAGCACGCUGGCAUGUUUCCGCUCCCCGCUUACCCUGUCUAUCCAGUUCCGCUUCAGGCUCCCGUCGUGGCCGAUCCUUUCGCGAGCGGUCCGCAGCAUGCCCCUGCUGUUGCCGUCACGAGCUACGACACACAGCUUCACCAUGCGAACAAGGCUACCGAGCAUCGCCCGAACCUCGCGCAGUCCGCUUUUGAGCAUCAGGUGCCUUAUGCCCUGACUUCGACCAAGCAACAUCAGGGUGUCUCGGAAACGGCCACGGCUCAAUCCAAGCCGCCCUGCGAGGAAGCCUUGGAUGACCUUAACCGCCAGGGCAAUCCGUCCGUGACGACCCCCGAGUCUGCAGGGGCCACUGCAUCUCCCAGCAAGGCUCGGGUGGUGCUGCCGGCACCUACAACCCCAACCAUGGCGACAAAGGGUGGUCGAAGUGAGCGCGCGAAAGAGCACUAUGGAGAGCCCGAAGAACCUGAACGCGGUCAGGGCUAUCAGGACACGAAGCGAGCUGCCAGGGACGCCGCUCCGGGAACGCCGACCCCGAAGCAGAAACGGUCCAAGGAGCCUGAGAUGGACCCUUCCAAAGAGAAUGCCGAUAGUAAAGACGCGCAGUCGCCUACUCCUGGCGCUUCCAAAGACUCUGCCCCUGAUGUCGUUGGCAACAAACAGGAAACCAAGCCAGCGGCCCCGCGACGCGCCCCCAGCAUUUUCACGGAAGAUCAAAUCAAAAUCAGGAAGCGACUUUGGGAUAGGAUUCCCAUGCCGCUGGAUCCUCUCAAGGCAAAGAAGCCGGUCGACGCGUCCGGCGGCCCGGCGCCAACUCCAGCCGCUGAGAAAAAUGCCACCGCAAAGGGCCAGGAGUCCGCAGGAAGUGAGCCAGAGUUUGUGCGGUGGAUCGAAGUGCGAUCUACUAACAGGGUGGGCAAAGACGAAGGAGAAGCCCCCGUGAAGAGCUCCGACGUGGUCAACCCCAACUUGCCUGCUCGUGCAUCCUCAUCUAGUACCGCAGACUGGGAAAAGCUCGAUCCGACAGAGCCCAGCGGCGGCAUCCACAGAGACUCGCACUCGUCGCAGAACCUUGGAGAUUCCAGCGGCAUGACGGCUCAGAGCUCUGCUCCGAUGUCGUCGCAGCAUUCGCAUGGACCUGCUGGCCGUGGUCGCGGUCACUUCCGGCAGCAGUCACGAGGCCGGCGACACCACCCGUCCCAACCCAUGUCUGGCAGAUCCUCGCGUCAGAGCAGCCAUUCCAACCAGAGCGGCGCAUUUGACAGCGAAUCUCAAGGUGCUCAUUCUCGUCAGGCGUCGCAGAGCGGCCCCGGCAUUACCGAGAGCGGAAACAGUGCUGCUGAUGGCCGGGGAAGCAUUCGCAAGAAGAGAAACCCCAAGAAGAAGAGCAGAGGUAUGGCGUCUUCCACAUUCGUGCCCAUGCAAGAGGCUCCUGAAGCCCAUCAGCCACAUGGCGACGGCGCACCAGGACCAGCCGCCGCCGGCAUCAACCAAGGCGGAGACGACAUGGCUUCUCAUGUCGCCGCCCAGUCUAUGUCUCGCCCUCUGCCGGGAUCGAUGGGACCUCCCACGAAGCUUCCAAUUCGCACUCGCAACGUUCCCACCGUGGGCGACCAGAUCUCCAGUCCCAGUCAGGAGAGUCACAGCCAGGGGCAGGCCAGCGGAAGCCAUCCCGGCCCGGCGCAGCCCCAGCAGAGCCGGCACCACUAUCGCUCCGACGCAGGUGGCUCCCUGCGCAUGAACAAGAGCCGUCGCGGUCGUGUCCAGCAGCAGCUCUUUGACGCACCGCCGACUGCCGAGCAGACUGACGGUGCGCAACCUCCUCCUACGCCCCACGCACCAACCACGGCGCAGAGCCUCGACGCUGAAGCCCAGCAAAGCGUCGGCUCCCCGCAAGGCGGCGGACAACAACAGCAGCAGAGCUACGCCUCCUCCCCUGGUGGCGAAAGCCCAGCAAAAGUCAUCCUGCUGAACCCCCGCGCCGAGGCAUUUGUGUCUCCGCGCCUGCCGACCGUCGACGCGGAGAAGAAGGAGGCCCAUGUCGAAGGAGAAAAGAUCGAGGGCGAGUCGAAGCCACAGAACGAGUAGGAAAAGAGCCCCACGACUUCCUCUACCGCGACCCUGGCUUCUGGAUCGCCGCCCAAAACGAUGGCAGAGGAGGACCUGAGCGUGGAAGAGUGGCCAGCGCUGCCCGUCAGCGCGGAUGGCUCGCCGGCCAGGGACCAGGCUGGAGAAGCUGAUGUGGAGGACGGCGCGGAGUGAGAGGCGGUGGUCUGUGUAUUGAGUCAAUGUUGGUCGUGAGGCGUGGGAGGUUGCGCGGUGGAUGUAGACGGGUGGACGCGGGGUGACGGUGGAGAUGAGAUGCUCGCGCGAGCGGCCUUGGCUCUUGUGCGGGUGGUGGGUGUUAUAGGAUGGAGGAGUACUGUAACUCGAAAAAAAAUUGUUUGAGUC